GCGAGGCCGACGGCGCACGCCGGGGGCGGAGCCGGGCUCACGUCUGCGUGACAGUUGUCGCGGGGGAGGGCGAGCCCAGACUAGGGGGAGGGAGUGUAAAUAGAGCGAAGGCAGCGGGGUGUCGACCCCGUUACCUCGGGCGACCCGCGAGAAGCCCCGGAGGGAGAUGGAAGAAGAUGAGCAAGAGCAGCGGCGCAGAAAAGUGGAGGCCGGGAGAGCGAAGCUUGCUCACUUCCGACAGAGAAAAACAAAAGGUGACUGUGCGCAUCCGAAGAAAAAGACGGCGAAGAGGAAGGGCCCGGCUGUCGAUGCGCCUGUCCAGGAGGAGAGCCCGGUAGCCACUGAGGAUGGUGGACUCCUGGGAAGAGGGGACGUUUGCAAAGACGCAUCGUGCAGCGACACCCCCGACGGGGCAGGAGCAGCUCAGCUGGAGGACCCCAAAGAAGAGAGGACAGGGCACUCGGAGCAGCCACAGCAGAAGCUGGAUGGCGACCAUCUGGAACAGCCUGGGGUUAUCACAAAGGAAUGUGAACAAGAACCUAAGCAAGAAAUCGCGGAACUGAUGAGAAGACAGAAGUGUGAGGUUGGCGCACGGCAGCAGGAGGCCGUGGAGAUCCAGCAGCCGAUGGGGAUGCAGCAGGUGCCGCCGCAGACCCAGCCGGUGCCCUCCCUGGAGCUGGAGGCGCUGCGCCUGAGUCUGAGCAACAUGCACACGGCGCAGUUGGAGCUGACGCAGGCCAACCUCCAGAAGGAGAAGGAGACGGCGCUGACGGAGCUGCGGGCCAUGCUGAAUGGUCGGCACGCCCAGGAGCUGGCUCUGCUGCGGAGCAGGCAGCAGCAGGAGCUGGAACUCGCCAGGGAGCAGCACGCGCGGGAGCGGGAGGAGACGGUGCUGCGGUGCAGCCAGGAGACAGCUGAGCUGAAGGAGAAGUUACAGUCAGAGAUGGAGAAAAACGCACGGAUGAUAGAGAACCUGAAGCAAGACUGGGAAUCGGAGAGAGGUUUAUGCUUAGAAAACCUACGCAGAGAAUUGUUUGCAAAGCAUCGGUUGGAGUUGGAGAAUUUACAAGACCAGUUUAAGAAAGAAUUGGCAGAACAGAAAGCUGAAUUGGAGAAGAUUUUUCAAGCCAAAAAUCAGGCUGAAUGUGCCCUGAGGACUCUGGAGACACAACAGGAAGCAGCCCUGAGACAGUUACGUGAAGACCUGCUGUCCCAGCGCUGUCAGUACGAGCGGGACUUGGAGCUGAGACUCCGAGACCAGGAGGCAGAACACCAGCUGGAGUUAGAGGGCCUCCGAGCGUCCUACGCAGAGUUGAAGGCUCAGUCACAAGAAGAGAUCCGGCGCCUGUGGUCCCAGCUCGAGUCUCCGAGACCCGACAGACAGGACCCGAGUGAGUUCCAUGACCCGGCCCGCACGCCUCAUGGGGCAGAGCUCGAGCACCUAAAGCGAGACUUCCAGCAGCAGCAGCAGCGAGAGAAAGCCGAGCACGAGUCUGAGCUGGAGCAGUUGAGAAUUUACUUUGAGAAGAAAUUAGAGGAGGCUGAGAAAAGUUACCAAGAAGACCUGAUUCUGUUACAGCAGCGGUUACAGGAGUCUCUUCGGGAAUCUGUGGAAAUCAGUGCACCCAGUGUGAUUUUAGAAGAGAGGUCUGAAAAAGAAAGAAGAGAGCACCUUGAUGGACUCCACCUUCAGCCUGAGUUAGAAGAAAACCACCGGUGCCAACUGGCAGCGCCGAAGUCUUCCCGGGAAGCUCAGCAGGCGGUGGGCCGCGUAGGGACCCAGGUGUUGGAAGGGGAGCGACGUGUGGGGCUCUCAGAAGCGCCCGGCGAAGAGCUUGCUCGGGUGCCGCUCCCGUGUGUGCAGGACACGGCCUUGGAGGUGGAGACAGAGGUGGCGGCCAGAGUCUUGGGUUUGGAAACUGAGCACAAGCUUAAACUCUCGCUUCUUCAGACGGAGCUCAAGGAAGAAAUCGAUGUCUUGAAACUAGAGAACAGAAAUUUGCAUGAGAAGUUGCAGCAUGAGAUCCACCUGAGGGAGGACCUGGAGAGGGUAAAAUAUAGCUUGGUAGAAGAUCACCAGGAGGAGCUGAAGAAAGCGAAAGAGAAAUUACAGCUGAUGAAGCAAGAAUUCAAAGACAAAGAAGCAGAAUGGAAAGUGGCAAGUGAGAAUGUAAAGAGAAAGGCUGAAGAGGAACUCACGCUGAUGCUCCUUGACCUGAAAGAACAAGCUGAAGCUGAGAAACAGUCAAUAAUAAACAAGUUUGAGCUACGAGAAAUCAAAAUGAGGCAACUUCAGGAUCAGCAGGCAGCCCAGAUCCUGGACCUGGAAGGAUCCCUGGUGGAGCAGCAGGGCCGUCUACGGCAGCUGGAGCUCGGGCUUGCGGGGGAUGAGUGUCCACAGUGCAGCCAGUGUGGCCGGGAGCCAGGUGGCCGUCUGGCUCCUGCAGACCAGGACUGGGAGCUUGCCACACUCCGCCUGAAGGAGGACUGUGCCCUCCAGCUGAUGCAGGCACAGAACAGGUUUUUAAAAGAACGUAAAGAAAUCACAGAGAAAUUCACUGCGGAACAAGAUGCCCUCCUUCGGGAGGCCCAGGAAAAGCACGCCUGUGAGCUCCGGCUCCUCCAGGAGAGACACCAGCAGCACGUUCUGUCCUUGACGGCGGAGCUGGAGGCCAAACGCCGGGCCGAGGUAGAGGGGCUGAAGGCCUCCGUGGAGAGUGAGCAGUGGGCUCUUUCAGAAGCCCGUGUGGCUGACUUGCAGACAAGACAUGCGGCUGCGGUCAGCGCUCUGGAGGCAAGACACUCGUCACACCUGGAUUCUCUGGAAUCGCGUCACCUGUCUGAGAUGCAGGCCAUGCGGGAGGAGCACAGGUGGGCCCUAGAGCAGCUGACAGCAGAACUCGAGCAGCAGCUGCGCAAGAAGGACGCUUCUCACCCCACGGCUCUGACCCAGCAGCUGGAGAAGCACCAGCUGAAACAUGGCCGGGAGCUUCCGCCUGUAGACCACGGCCUGCGGACGCAAAUGAGCACGAAUCAUGUUGAGGGUGUGGAAGCCCUGGCCCCCGCUGAGCUUCGGGGAGCACAGCAGGGCACCCUGGUUCCCGCAGAGCUUGAGGCCCAGCGCCCAGCUCCUUUGGCCGAGCUGCAAGAGACAGAGAAGCGGCAGGAGGCUGAGCUGCUCAGGUGCCCGUCGGAAGCAUUACCAGAGCAGCAGGGUGAAUUUGAAAGUGAAAAGAAAGUUGCUUUGCAUGAAAAGGAGGAGAUACACAGGCUGGAGUGUGAGCCAGUGCAGUCUCUUCACCAAGAAGAAAGAGAGUCUUUGUUUCUGCAGCUUCAGGAGAGGAAUCUCCAAAUUCUGCAGCUGAAAGACCAAAUUUUAUCCUUAAGUCACGAGGUGGAAGAGUGCCAUUCUGAACUGGAGAAGCUACAGCAAAGGCGUGAAAGGGAAAACCAGGAAGGCACAGACCUCAUCUCCAUGCUGAAGUCUGACAUUGACCUGUCUGACCGUGAAAGGAGAGCGCUCCGAGAUGCUCUGCGAAGGCUGCUCAGUUUGUUCGGAGAGAUGCUGCAGGCUGCCCUCACCCUGAAGAGCCGGAUUGGCGAGCGCGUGGGGCUCUGUCUGGAGGACGAGGGCCUACCCGACGUGCGGCCCGGCGGCCAGGCCCUGUUCGCAGCACCAGUGCUUGACGAGACGUGGCCUGGGUCCGAGGCAGCCCUGCUGGAGCUGGACAGAACUUUGCCUGAAUGUGUGGAGAUGUCUUCAGAGGCUGAAAUUAGCAGUCACAUCUGUGAAAGCUUUUUCAUGAGCCCAGAAAGUUCUCUGGAGUGUGAGCAGCCAAUUAGGAGGAUUUACCGGAGCCUUGGCCUGGCUGUGGAUGGCCUGCUGGAGCUGGCUCUGGACUCCACCAGGCAGCUAGAGGAAGCACGUCAAAUCCAUUCUCGUUUUGAGAAAGAAUUUAGCUGUAAGAACGAGGAGACCGCGCAGGUCGUGAGAAAGCACCAGGAGUUACUGGAGCGCCUGGAUGAGGAGAACGCGGCCCGGUCGCGGCUGACGCUGGAGCUGCACCAGGCGCAGGGCAUCAUCGAAGGGUUCAAGGUGGAGAAGGCCAGCCUGCAGGAAGCUCUGGGCCAGAAGGAGACGGCCGAGCAGGGCCUCGCUGUCGAGCUGGAGAGCCUGAGGCAGCAGCUGCAGCGGGCGACCCAGCAGCAGGCAGAGCUGAAAGAGGAGAACUCUGUCCUGUGGACCCAAAAGGAGGCCUUGGCUGCAGAAGCAGGAGAGAGAGAAGCUGCUCUUCGUAGGGAAGUUGAAUGUCUGACCCAGGAGCAGUUGGAGGCCAGGAAGCAGUCUGAGAAAGACCGUGCAGCCCUGCUUUCCCAAAUGAAGGUUUUCGAAGCCGAGUUGGAGGAACAGCUGUCUCGGCAUGAAGCGUGUGCCAAGCAGGCCGAGGAGCUCUCCGGGCUGAGGCAGCAGAUGGCAGCUCUGGACAAGCACCUGCGGAGUCAGCGCCAGUUCAUGGAUGAGCAGGCUGUUGAGAGGGAACACGAGCGGGAGGAGUUCCAGCGGGAGAUCCAGAGGCUGGAGGGGCAGCUCCGGCAGGCGGCCCGGCCACGGCCCCGGGGCCUCUGCGUCAGCGACGUUGAAUUGUUACAAGAAAAGCUAAGAGAGAAGUCAGAAGGGUUUAAUGAGUUGGUUAUAAAGAAAGAGUUGGCAGACAGACAAAUGUUAAUGCAGGAAGAGGAAAUCAAACGUCUGGAGGAGACAAAUGCCGGCUGCAGAAGAGAGGCGGCCCAGCUGCGGGAGGAGCUGGAGAAGCAGAGAGACGCGGUGAAAGCGUUGCAGCAGGAUAAAGAGGCGUUACAGGAGCAGCAGAUGAGCAACUUGCUUCUAGUGUCCACACUGCAGUCUAAGCUUGACGAGGGCAGAUGCCCUGUGCCUCCUGCAGGCGGCUGUCCCGAUGGCCCAGACGUCCAGUUAGAGGCAGUGCGGAGGGCGCUCCAGCAGCGAGAGAGUGAGGUUUUGGACUUAAAAGAACAAUUAGGAAAGAUUAAAGAGGACUUAGUCAGUAAAAGCAACGAAGUGCUGCAUCUGAACUUGGAGUUAGACGCACAGAGCAGCCGUGCCGCCGUCAGCGUGCGAGGACUCCAAGAGGAGAACACCAGCUUGAAGGCAUUUCUGCAAAACAAAGAGAAGGAGAUCAUGUGUGUGAGCGAGCAGCUCGAGGCGCAGCUGGCCGGGAUGGGAAGCGGCACUGUCAGCGAGGUCCCAUAUGACAGAAGCUCAGAGAUCGAGGAGCUGAGGUCCAUCAUUGAGAACUUGCGAGAGAACCAGCAGCGCCUGCAGAAAGAGAAGGCGGAGGAGAUGGAGCGGCUCCAUGAAGUCAUUGAGAGGCUGCAGAGAGAGCUCUCGCUCGGGGGGCCCGCGGUGCACGGGGCUGAGGUCAGCGAGCUGCUGGGCGACCCCGCGUUGGGGCUGGAGGCGCUGGCGGCAGGGGCCGCGGGCCGGCUGCUCUCGGAGCAGGAGCGCAGGCACGGCCAGGCCCUGGAGGCCCUGCAGCAGCGCCUGCGGGCUGCGGAGGAGGCCGCCGCGAGGCAGCUGGCCGAGCUGGAGCGCAGCGCGGCCCUCAGGGAGGCUGAGGUCCAGGGCAUGGCCUCCCAGAUCCAAGCCUUCGAAGCCACCCUGAAGGCAAAGGAGGCGAAGAUCGCAGAAAGGGAUUUAAAGAUCAACGCUAUGAGGCAGCAGCAGUUGGCGCACUCUGCUGAGCUGGAGACCGUCCUGUCAGCCUUCUCCCGCCUCCGCCUCGCCCUGGAGCAGCAGCCCCUGGCCACCGAGGACGAGCCCCCAGAGCUGCAGCGGCUCCGAGCGCAGUGUGUCCGCCUCAGCCGCCAGCUGCAGGUGCUGAACCAGCGGUUCCUGAGGUGCCAGAAGGAGCCGGACAAGCAGCAGGCGUGUGGGGCCCACCUGCACCCUCGUGUGGAGAGUGGCUCCCAGGGACAGGGCCCCAGGGCUGAAGAGACCUCGUGGGACAAAGAGUCGCAGCAGGAUGUGGGCAGCAGGCACCUGCCCGCAGACCCCCAUGGCCGUGUCAGAGACCCACAGAGUGCGGUUAAUGACGACUUGCAGCCUGCCGAAGCCCUGGUGUCAUUAAGCCACCCGGGUCUGCAUAAACAAGACAGUGUGAUGUCGGUGCUGGCAGUCUGCCAGAGGCAGCUGGAGUCUGAGCUGCUCUUGGUGAAGAAGGAGAUGCACUUGAGAACAGAGGACCGUGGCAAAGCGCCAGGAAGGAUGAAGAAUAAGGAAAAACUACUGGAAGAUUGUCAGUUGCGGAAAGUUGGUCUCAUAAGUCAGGUGAAAGAACUUCAAGAGAAGUUGAACCGUCUGGUGUAUUCUGUGAACUUCCAGAACAUCGAAACAGAGGGUUCCAAACGUCAGCAACCAGUGGUGUCUUCACAUGCUUCAGAAAAUAGUCUGAGUGAUAGUUCCAGUGAUGGUGAAGAAACUGAUAGAGCGCCUCUUGUUGAUGUGUUUCAUGUUGAUAAAACCCCGUGUGAUCUGAUUGACCUUGGUGGAAGUCAGGAUCCAGCGGUAGAAAAUGACAUGUCAGGUGUUCCCGUGGAAGAUCAGGUUGAUUUGCAGGACAGAUCACUUUGUUUACAAGCGGGCUUCCACGGUAGCUCCCAUGACCAAACGCCUACUGAGGGGCCCGGGCCCUUGAAGAACGCACUCAGGGCAAUGGAUCUGUCUUCCUGGAGCUCCCCGGAGGUUGUCAGGAAGGACUCGACCCUUGAGCCUGUGCCCAGCCUGCCCCUGACGCCGUGCUCGGACGCCCUGAGCCUGGAUGCCUCCCUGCAGGACAGGACCAGUACCUCGCUCCAGGCUGACCAGUUGGAGCUGCUCUGGUACCUGGGCGGGUCAGCAGCAGGAAAGGCCUCCAGGUGGGCAGAGUCUCCACUGGCUGCAGAUAGAGCUCCCUCCGCUGACCACCAUGUGCAGCGGAUGGCCGUGGAGAAAGAUGUUGAAGAUUUCAUUGUAACGUCUCUCGACGCCCGAGGAAAGCCCAGCCCCUCUCCUCUCGGGUUCGCAGGAAAGAACAGUGGAAGUGAAAACAGUGAUGGCUCGGGGUUUGGAGAGAUACUAAACCAAGGUUCAGGAAGCCUCGAAACCCCCACUGCUAGUCCUGCAGUGCCUCCUCCCACCUCUGGAAGGUUCCGACGGCCACUGGAGACCAUGAAGGAGAAGGAAGUCCAUCCGAAACAAGUGAAGGCUUUGCUACAGAUGGUGUGUGAUGAGAGCCACCACAUACUGGCCUUGUCCGAAUGCCGUGGGCCGCCAAGUGCCCUGAGCAAGGGUGAGCCGAGUGCCCCCCUUGAGCACUUCCCAAGGGAGGGCCCCGGCCUUUUGGAGGCGGUGCCAGCCCUGCGGAGACAUCCGAACCUCGCACCCCAAAAGGAAGAGAAGGAACCUCCCGACAUGUGUCUUGACUGGAGAGGAGAAUUUCUACAGGUUGUGCGGGAGGCAUUUGGAAAAGAACGGGAGAUGUUGAGGGCCGAGUUGCAGCCCCAGCCCUGUGGCUCUGACCCUGGGGACCACAGCUCCCUGCUAGAGAGGCUGGAGAAGGUGGUCCAGGAGCAGGAGAAGUCCUUGGAGCACCUUCGCCUGUCAGACAGGAGCAGCCUGCUGUCCGAGAUCCAGGCUCUGCGCGCCCAGCUGCGCAUGACGCACCUGCAGAACCAGGAGAAGCUGCAGCAGCUGUGUGCGGCGCUGACCAGCGCGGAAGCUCGGGGGAGCCAGCAGGAGCACCAGCUGCGCAGGCAGGUGGAAUUAUUGGCAUACAAGGUCGAGCAGGAGAAACGUAUAGCAAGCGACGUACAGAAAACCCUGAAUGAAGAGCAAGAGAAAGCCAGCAGUGUUCGGAAGCUCCUGGUGGUGGAGCAGACCGUCGUCAGAGACUUGAGAUCUGAGCUCCGCGAGUGUAAACAGGACAAUGAGAGGCUGCUGGCCUCCCUCAGUGAGGCGCAGAAGGAGGUCCUCCAGCUGAGGUCUGUGCUGGACAGCAAGGAGAGCAGCCUGAAGGCCGCGCUGCAGGACCUAGAGUGCGAGCGCGGGAAGGAGCGUGCCCUGCAGAGCCGGCUGGAGGAGGAGCAGCUACAGCACCUGCAGAAGGAGGGCCAGAACUCCAAGACCCUGGAGGAGUUAAGAAUAUCUUUGGAGAAGCAGUAUGCUCAGAGUAAUCGACUGUGUGUUGCGCUGAAACAUGAGCAGACCGCGAAGGACAACCUUCAGAAGGAGCUGCAGAUCGAGGCCUCGCGCUGUGAGGCGCUGCUGGCGCAGGAGCGGGGCCAGCUUUCCGAGCUGCAGCGGAGCCUAGAGGCCGAGAAGGGCCGGUCGCUGGAGCUGGCUGCGGCUCUACGCCACGAGCGGCUCCUGACGGAGCAGCUGAGCCGCGGCACACGGGAGGCACCGGCACAUCACGCUUUGCUGAGGAAGCUGAAGGACGAGAAGUCGCGUGCAGCAGAGCUGCAGACCAGGCUGGAGCAGGUGCAGCAGCAGCUGGAGGCGGACGUGCAGAAGCGCCGUGCGGAGCUUGAGAGGGACAAGGAGGUAAGGGCUGCACAGAACUCCGCCGUGGAGCACCCCCAAGCACGGGAGCCGCGGCAUGGUCUGCGGAGAGAGGGGGAGAGUUCUGCUCGGCAGCAGGCGGGAUUAGAGCACUUGCACUCGAGGCCGGCCGUGCGGGAAGGACGCAAGGACACGAGGAGGAGAGCAGAGACGGGGCCGGGCCAGGCUGACGUGGAGAUGCGGCCGACCGGAGACAAGGAGAAACUGCGAGAGUUGGAGUUGCAUCGCCAGCGAGAUGAGCACAAGAUCCGGCAGCUUCAGCGGACGGUCCAGGCCCUGGAGGCGAAGGAGGCUGCUCGCCAGUCCCCAGAGGCAGAGCGGCUGCUGGAGGAACGGCACAGCCUGGAGAAGGUCCGGCAGCAGCUGCUGUGUGCAGCUGGGCUCCUGACCAGUUUCGUCAGCCAGACGGUGGACAGGACAAUUAGCGAUUGGACAUCAUCGAAUGAGAAAGCAGUGUCUUCCUUACUGCGCACGUUAGAGGAGCUCAAGUCUGAGCUGAGCACGCCCAGCUCUUCCCAGAAAAAAAUGACAGCAGAGCUACAGACCCAGCUGGUGGACGUCCUCCUGAAAGACAAUGACUCCCUGACAAAAGCUCUGCGCACAGUGACCCAGGAGAAGGCGGAGCUGUGCCGGGCGGUGUCGCAGCUGGAGAAGUCCCUGAAGCAGCACCUGUUGAAGCGCGGCGUGCGGAGUAGGCCGGACAAGUCUUUGUGGAAGGAGGAUGGGACGGUUUUGCAGAGCUCAGCGCGACAGCCCGGCCCAGCACUGCCCGCAGCAGUCGCACGCGAGGAGGGAAGCACCUGCAGCGUGCAAAUAGAGAAAUUGUACCUGCAUUAUUUGAGAGCAGAAAGCUUCAGAAAAGCUCUGAUUUAUCAAAAGAAGUAUCUUUUACUAUUGAUUGGUGGAUUCCAGGACUCUGAACAAGAAACACUCUCCAUGAUCGCUCAUUUGGGAGUGUUUCCUUCCAAAGCAGAUAAGAAGAUUACCACAUCUCGCCCUUUUACGAAGUUUCGGACUGCCGUCAGGGUGGUAAUCGCAAUAUUAAGGUUACGUUUCUUGGUUAAGAAGUGGCAAGAGGUAGAUCGGAAAGGAGCCAUUGUGCCAGGCCGAGCGCUCCGUCCAGGAUUCCCAGUGCCACGGCAACAGCCUCCACCCAAAACCAGCACAUCCCCACCAACCCGGGAUGCGUCCUCCAGCCACGCCGGGGACCGUGUGCCCAAGGCCUCCCCAUGUGGGAGGGAAAGAUCCACUCCAUCCCCAAAUUCAAGAUCAGAAAGAUCCCUGACUGCCUCUCAAGAUCCUGAACAUUCCCUGACGGAAUAUAUCCAUCAUUUAGAAAUGAUCCAGCGAAGACUGGGAGGGGCGCCUCCAGAUUCUGCUUCAAAGAAAUCCUGCUGCCAGAAGAUUAAGCAAUGAAUAAAAUCCUUGUGGCUCUUACCUAUGACAAUUCUAUUUGAGGAAAAGAUAUACUUUUUCCCUUUUUCCAAGGAAGGCGCGUGGCGUGGCGUGGCGUGGCGUACAGUCCGUGCCUGGUCUCUUCAUGUGCCUGAGAUGCCAGCCCGAGUGCCGUUCAUUAAGUGUUCUCAUCUUUUUGCAAUGCUACCAAGCCAGAUGGAGCAUCUUCUCUGUAACUUCCAUGUGUUUCAGCUCCUAACCUUCAUAAGGUGACGUGCGCACUCGUGAGUGACAGGCGCCUGCCCUGCUUGCCUCCAAUAAGUGAGCAGAGACUGGCUUCCUGUUGUUUAUUUUCUUAAAGUGUACAGAUGGGAACUUGGUUUAAAGACAAAAACACAUCAAAAUCAAAAAGAAUAAAAUCACAACACUAUUUUA